UUUUUUAUGACUUUUCCAUCAAUAUCGAAUAUAUCCUUAUCCACUGCACCGCACUAACCUACCUUCUUGCCGCCGAAGAAAACCCCUCUAAAAAUUACACACACAUAUUCAUUAAUUGUUGAGCACGAAAAUUAAACAAUCUGGGUUGUAUUGUGAACAAUGGUGAUGGAGAUGGAAGGAGAAGAGUGGAGAGACAAAGCCAGGUCACUUCAGCUCCUCCUACGACACCGUUUCAGAGUCGCCGUCGAUCGCCACCGCCCUAAUCUCUCCGACGGCUAUUUCUCUACGCGCAUUCAGCUCUGGAUCGAUCGAUUCCGCAACUUUCGUCGCGAUUCCUUGCCUUCUUCCACCAAAUUUUAUCUCAAAAGAGUUAGCAAGGAUAUCGACAUGGAAGAAGACUCAGUUCUUACUCGCAUGCUGCAAGCUGUGGCGGUUCCUGUUAUUGGGAAUGUUUGUUAUGUUUUUAUGCAUGGUCUUAACAAAGUACAGAUAUAUGGUGCAGAGAAACUACAUAAAGCAUUGCAGCAUCGACCUAGCAACAAGCCUCUUAUAACGGUUAGCAACCAUGUUGCUUCUCUUGAUGAUCCACUUGUUAUUGCUGCUCUGCUUCCCCCAAGCGUUCUUUUGGAUGCUCAUAAUUUGAGAUGGACACUUUGUGCAAGCGAUCGUUGUUUUCGAAAUCCAGUUACAUCCGCCUUUUUUAAGCAUGUCAAAGUUUUACCACUUACUCGUGGUGAAGGAAUUUAUCAAAAGGGGAUGGACAUCGCUAUUGCAAAGUUGAAUCGUGGUGGCUGGGUUCAUAUAUUUCCUGAAGGAAGUCGUUCUCUAGAUGGUGGAAAGACUAUUGGAUCAGCAAAACGAGGCAUUGGAAGGUUGGUCCUGGAUGCUGACAAUGUACCCAUGGUUGUGCCGUUUGUGCACACUGGCAUGCAAGAUAUUAUGCCCAUCGGGGCCAAGUUUCCGAGGAUUGGAAAGACGGUAACUGUACUCGUAGGCGAUCCUGUUGAGUUUGACGAUCUACUUGGCAUGGAAGGAGAGCCAGGGAUGUCAAGGGGAAAACUAUAUGAUGCUGUAUCUGCAAGGAUUGGUGAACGGAUACGAAAAAUGAAAGCCCAAGUUGAUAGAUUGGCCCUGGAACAAUUAUUGCAAUCCCAAAACUAUCCUUGGACGUGCACUGACCGUGCUGCUGGAAUCUUACGACAGGUUGACUGGGAGUCACUUGGCAUGGAACAUUAUAUUGGUCUCGAUGAGCAAGAGGCACCUAAACAAAAUGUUGUUACUGAGCAGAAGGCAGAACACAUUAAUGUGAAAGAGAACAAUGCACAAAAUCGAUAUUUCAGGAUGGGCUUAUCUUAUGAAGGUGGGAUCGUAUCAAGGAUUCGUGGUUAUAUGGACCCAACUGAGCUAAUGGGUUUUGCUGCUAGAGGUAUAUUUACAAGCUCCCGGGUAGACGAAGGUUUUGUAAAUCUUCAAAACAAUAACCCUCUUAAGGCUUGGAAAAACUUCAUGGAAGGGCAUCUGGUGUGAUUGGGGAACUUGUAUCAACCCAGCUCUACCGGCCUAUGUAAAUAAAAUUUUGUUUGAGGAAUAUAUAUAUAGUGAUGAUGUAUGAGUUAACAACUAAAUGAGGUUUGGAAGCUAGUAUUAAUCGUUUCAGACGCAUGUUUUCUGGGUUUGGAUUUCCCGAGCUGGAACUUGCUGGAAUAAAAUAUAAUACUGCCAGUUGUAGCUUUAACAUUGCUAGAUGGGCAAAAUUACUGUCAUCCAAUAUACAUUGUACGUUGUACCAGAAAACAGCAAUUUGAAGUCCGUUAUCUACUUUGCUAGUUUUGAUUA